CGACACCAUCACAUUUUGUUCCUCUGUUGUCUGCAUGUGUCAGCUGGGAUUUUUCUGCCAAAUCAGCGGAGUGGUUGUUUUUUUGUGGGGAGAACUGGAAACUUUGUGGGACAAUUUUUGUUACAUUAAAUAUUUUAUUUAACGGCUGUAAAUCGUAAACAAAGUGAACUAUGUGCGGAUUCGUGAAGUCAUCCACUCAAAGUAAACGAAACUGAAAACUGUGAAAGGUUCAGGCUCCGUUUAAUACAGUGAAAAUGGGGAAGAAACGGGGGAAGGAGAAGAGCUCUAGAGAGGAAGAUGACAUUGACCUGACAGGUCCAUCCUGCAGACAUAUUAAGAAGGGAACAGACCAAACUCUACUAAAGAAACUCUCUGUGAAAUCUGAUCUGACGUGUUGCCAGGAUUGUAAGCAUGAAGAAAAUAAAGAAAAUACCAGCACUACCCUGCAACAGGAGUCUGAGGAGGAACAAGAAACAGCAGCUGUAUGGAUGUGCUUGAAAUGCGGCCAUAGAGGAUGUGGACGAACCUCUGAGAAUCAGCAUGCCAUCAAACAUUACGAGACUCCGCGGUCAGAUCCACAUUGCCUGGUGAUCAGUUUGGACAACUGGAGUGUGUGGUGUUACUUAUGUGAUGAUGAAGUCCAGUACUCGAAAACAGGACAGCUGUCCCAGCUGGUGACCAACCUGCAAAAAGAAACCUCUGCAGAUCCCAUAAACAGGCCGCAGAAAAGAGUGAAAGAGGAAGACAACUCGGUGGAAGUUGAGCAAAAGACAGAGACCGUGAAAGCAGAGGAAAGGGAAGACAAGGAGAACAAAGAAAACAUCCAAAAGGCCCAUCCAAAGAAAAAUGUCAAGAAAGAGACGGUUGGGAAAUCACAAAAAAACGGCACAUCUGAAGACAGCGGUGGCGUUUUAGUGAAAGGGCUGAGCAACCUAGGAAACACUUGUUUCUUUAAUGCAGUUAUUCAGAAUCUCUCACAAACACAGCUCUUAAGACAGACUCUCAACAAAGUGACAGAAGAGAAAAUGAGUCUUGACGUUCAACCUGUUGCCUCCUCAGAACUGGAGCCUAUUAACGUACAUUUAGACCAGCCUGGAUCCCUGACUUUGGCUAUGUGUCAACUACUGAACGAGAUCCAGGAAUCCAAGAAGGGUGUGGUAACACCACGGGAGUUGUUCACACAAGUUUGUAAAAAAGCUGCCAGGUUCAAAGGAUUUCAGCAGCAAGAUAGUCAGGAGCUGCUGCGCUAUCUUCUGGAUGGGAUGCGAGCUGAGGAGAUCAAAAGAGUAAGCUCAGGGAUCACUGAGGCAUUGAAAGAAUCUAGAAAAGGCACAGAUGGAGAGCAGCUGAAAACACUAGUCAAAGAGUAUGAGAAAAAUGGAUUCCCGAAAAACUUUGUCGACUACGUUUUUGGUGGGGAAAUGACCAGCACUAUAAUGUGUCAGCAGUGUAAAACGGUGUCUGUAGUCACUGAGAUGUUUUUGGAUCUUUCCCUUCCUGUUGCUGAUGAGGCAUACAGAAAGAAGAACCAGAAAAAAGCUAUUCAGACCACCUCUGAUUCGAGCCCAGGUGGCAGAGUCAGCCCCGCUUUGACAAAUGGAAAUGAUGACAUUCCCACUGCAGGUGGCAGCAAGUACCAGCAGAAGAAGGCAAAGAAGCAGGCGAAGAAGCAGGCAAAGCAUCAAAAGAGGCAGCAGAAGUUUGAGGGCAGAGUCACUUUGGACAGUCUCACAUCUCCAAACCAGACAGAGAGCAAGCAGACAGAUCCUACUGCAGAUGCAAAUGAUGGGGAAAAUGCUGACAAUGACAUGCAUGAGGAAGCUUCACUGAGUGAAGGAAAUCCUGCACAAACCAGUGUGUCUGAGCAGGACCAGAAGAACCCAGACACAGUCCAGGAUGAGAACGAAAAAGAGGAGGACGACGAUUCAGUUACUGACUGCAACGCAUCAACCACGUCACCGGUCAGCAACCGUUUCACUGUCUUAUCGGAGGAGCAGCACUCAAAGGACAGCAUCAUAGACGAUGACAAAACAUCUGACAUGGAUCAGGAAGAAGAGGAAGACACACAGCUGGUGAGUGACAUGGAGAAAGUAACCCUGGAUGACACUUUCAUAGAAGACUCUGAUGCCACAGAACAAGUCAUGGAGAGUGAAGAUGAGCCCCUGGAGGCUAAAGAGUACACUGUAGUAAAUCAGGAUCCAGAGCUGGCCUUCCACACAAUGGCAACCAGAACCGCCCCUGAGAAACAAGAGUGUUCAGUGCAGUCAUGCCUUUUCCAGUUCACAGAAGUGGAAACCCUGACGCAGAACAACAGCCUGCUCUGUGUCACAUGUACUAAACGGCAGCCAAAAGACAAAGCUGGAGGAUCCAAGAAGAAUGUCUACACUGAUGCCUUGAAGCAAAUGCUGAUCUCCUCUCCCCCACCGGUGCUUACACUUCAUUUGAAGAGAUUUCAACAGAAUGGAUACAGCAUUUGUAAGGUGAACAGACAUGUCCAAUUCCCCUUGAUACUGGAUCUAGCUCCCUUUUGUGGUGUUAAAUGCAAGAACGAGGCAGGAGAUACUCAGAUUUUGUACAAUUUGUACGGUAUCGUGGAGCACAGUGGAACAAUGAGGUCGGGUCAUUACACAGCCUAUGUGAAAGUACGACCCGAGGGCCCUAAACCCUCAUCCAACGGAAUUGCAGUGCAAGGAGAUGCAGAGCCACCCAGAGGAUCCUGGUACCAUAUCAGCGACACAAGCGUUCAGCCCGUCAGUGAGAGUAAAGUCCAGAGUUGCCAAGCCUACCUCCUCUUCUAUGAAAGAAUCCUCUAAUCAAACCAGGACUCACUACUCAGGAAACCCACACAAACCAACCUGCUGCUGCUUCAGCGCCACAGUAUAUAUGGGAUCUCAAAGAGUUGACCCAACUUGGCUCGUUUUGACAGUGACUCAAACUGGCCUGUGGUGAAAUGAUAUGAUAAUGAUAUGAUAUGAUUAUACGGAAGGGACAUUUGAGAGUGUCGACAUAUUUGUUACAUUGGUGUCACGCAGUGUUUCAGAACAGCUGUGUUCAAGUCACUGAACAGAUUGUGUUAUUAGAUUUGUACACAUAACAAAAAAAACAACAACAAAUUAAUCAGGACAAAUCGAAGUUGAUGAAAUCAAAAUUUGUAAAAGAAAUAUUUAUAUGUUUAUUUUUUAUCAUGUCAUGUAAUGAAAUGCUUCACAAUGG